GGUGGUGGUUCGCCGUGACACAGUGGUGGAACGAAGGCACGAAGGACACGACCGUGAGAAGAAAGAGGGUUGUUAUGGGGCGAGAAUCCCGUGGCGCGCUGCUGCUCGUCGCGCUGGCCGUGCUGGCAGCCGCGGACGCCUUCUCGACCGACAGUAAGCUAGCCUGUCCUUUGCGGCAGUUCCGAUGCGCCAACGGCAGGUGCAUACCGAUCUCGUGGGUCUGCGACAAAGCGGACGAUUGUACCGACAAUUCCGACGAGAGCCCGGAGGAGUGCAAAAACACCGAGGAAUGCAAGGACACGGAGUUCAAGUGCAGUAACGGCAGAUGCAUACCCAAUAUCUGGCAAUGCGACGGCGACCGAGAUUGCCCGGACGGCAUUGACGAGGACAGCGCUGUCUGCAGGACCAAGACCUGUACGCCGGAACAAUUCACGUGCCAUUCGGGAAAUGGCGAGUGCGUGGCAUUAACUUGGAUGUGCGACGACAACCCCGACUGUUCGGACGGUUCAGACGAGGCUGAGUGCAACGACACUUGCCGGUCCGACGAGUUUACCUGCACGAACAAGCACUGCAUCCAGCAGCUAUGGGUCUGUGACAACGACAACGAUUGCGGGGACAACAGCGACGAGAAAGGUUGCGGGCCAGUAACGUGUCAUCCUGACACUGAUUUCGCGUGUUCCGAGAGUUAUUGCAUAACGUCGCGAUGGAGAUGCGACGGGGACUACGAUUGUCCCGAUCGAUCCGACGAAAUAGGAUGCAAGGAUAUCCAGAACGGGAAGAAGAGCCACUGCGACAGAGAGUUCGAUUGCGACGAUGGUGUUACUUGCAUCCACCAGACUUGGGUAUGCGACGGCGAGAAGGACUGCCCCAAUGGCGCGGACGAAUCCCCACAGAGAUGCCACAAUGUGACUUGCAGACCCGAUCAAUUUCAAUGCGAAGAUCGACGUUCUUGCAUCUCGGGUCAUCUGUACUGCAACGGUAAAACCGAGUGCGCCGACGGAAGCGAUGAGAAAAAUUGCACAAGCAAAAUCGUAAGCUGCGAUCCGCGAAUUCAGUUCGAGUGCAGCGAGGGCUCGUGUAUUCCUUUGGAAAACGUUUGCAACAAAAACCCAGAUUGCAUCGGCUGGGAGGAUGAGAGCACCGAGCUCUGCGGCGUGAACGAGUGUGCAAACAACAACGGUGGAUGCUCGCAGAUUUGCGUCGAUUUGCCUAUUGGUUACCGAUGCGACUGCCACGCGGGCUAUAGACUCAUCGACAACCGCACGUGCGAUGAUAUUGACGAGUGCCUGGAGCCGGGCAGCUGUUCUCAGUUUUGCCAGAACGAAAAGGGCAGCUUCAAAUGCAGCUGCGCUCCCGGUUAUCUUAAAGAUCCGCGAAAUUCAACGCACUGUAAAGCCGCGGAGGGUCACGCAAGCCUGUUAUUUGCCCGUCGACAUGACAUCCGAAAAGUAGCUCUAGACCGUCAAGAGAUGACUGCCAUUGUUAACAAUACUAAAAUGGCAACAGCACUGGACUUUGUCUUCCGCACCGGAAUGAUUUUCUGGAGCGACAUUAGUGAAAAGAAAAUUUACAAAGCUCCAAUAGACGAAGGAAAUGAGCGCACGGUCGUUAUCGAAAAUGAUUUCACCACAUCAGAUGGACUGGCAGUUGAUUGGAUUUACAGUCAUAUUUAUUGGACAGACUCAGGGAAAGAUACCAUUGAAUUGGCCAAUUUCGAAGGAAAUAUGAGAAAAACUCUGAUACGAGAUCGCAUUCAGGAGCCUAGAGCGAUAGCACUGAAUCCACUGGAGGGUUGGAUGUUUUGGACAGACUGGAGCGACGAAGCUCGUAUUGAACGAGCCGGCAUGGAUGGCAGUCAUCGAUCGGUGAUUGUCGGUAAUGAUGUCAAGUGGCCUAAUGGCUUAACUUUAGACUUGAUUGGCAGGAGAGUAUACUGGGUAGACGCAAAACUGAAUAUCAUAGGCUCCUGUAAUUACGACGGUACUGGCAGACGAACGAUCUUGUACUCUCCCGACAGUCUUAGGCAUCCCUUCAGUAUAACGACUUUCGAAGAUUACGUGUACUGGACUGAUUGGGAUAAGGAAACGAUCUUUAAAGCUAAUAAAUUCACCGGCCAGGAAGUAGAGCCCGUAACAUCGAUCAGAACGCUCCAGCAUCCGAUGGUAGUCCAUGUAUAUCACCCUUACAGACAACCUGAUGGAAUGAAUCAAUGUCAGGCUGUCAAUGGACAUUGCAGCCAUCUGUGUUUGCCCGCGCCUAAAAUCAAUUCUAGAUCACCACUGUUGUCGUGCGCCUGUCCUGACGGCUUACGGUUAUUACCCGAUGGAUUGAUGUGCGUGGAAAAUGUUACUACGACCAUAGCGCCGUCCACGCAAGCACCCAUGAAGCCGUUCCAGAGGCUCGAGCCUCUGAAUGUUACAACGACUGCCAAUCCGCUAUCCUCAGCAGAUGCAGACGGAAAGGGGAAUUCAACGGCUGAAUCAACAGAUCCUGGUUUAGUCGCCGGCAUCGUGAUAGGCGUUGUGUCCUUAGGACUGUUAUUACUUGCACUUGUUGCAGUGCUAUGCUACAGGCAUUAUCUUCAUCGUAAUGUUACUAGCAUGAACUUCGAUAAUCCCGUCUACAGGAAGACUACAGAGGAUCAAUUUAGUCUUGAGAAAAACAGAUUCCCACUUCCUGCAGCUACAGUUGGAGAGGAGGCUCAAGAACCAUUGACAAGUCCUGGAACAAACGAUUAUGUUUAAGGCUCAGUCUGUCAAUAUAAAGGAUUUAACAGGCUACUGAAGUACUAUAUCGACCAAGUGAUAAAACCAUGUAAAGAAAGAUGAGGUAUUUGCGUUGAAAGAGCCUGUCCAAACGCAUCAUGCCUGCGCUCGCUCGCAAGCCUGCCAACCAACUGUGAUUAUGUUAAUUUUUUUUGUAUCUAUUUCUUUACAAACUUUAGCACUUUGUCACUCAAAUGUGUGUAUAUUAUGCGUGCAACAUUUAGAUUUGCUCUAGGACGUAAAGGGAGAAAUAUCUAAAGGAACUGUUGCCAAAUAAGCGAUCCUCUCUUCAUGUAGCCAAAUAGUUUGAUAAGAGCUUAAGAUUCCUACUUAACAUUUUCCCUAUUUAGUUAAGCAACAUAUAAUUUGUAAUAUAGUACUUUUUAGAUCAAUUUAGCAUGGCCUGGCGCACGUAGCGUACGAUUUUACAUACGCUAUGUAUAUGUAAGAAUAUAAACUUGUUAUUGUUUAUUUAUUCAGAGAUAUGCAAUGGUCACUUUUUUUUAAUAGAGUUUCUACGCGAGAUAUUACUUUUUUGAGUAAUAUCUUACAGGAGUCAUAUGUAAAUAAUGCGAAAAAUCUCAAUCGUGUAUCAUUAAAAUUAUUAAAAAAUUACUACACGUGGUGUUAAAAUGCAAUAUGAAAGUUAUAACAAUUCAAUGCAUGCUGUGAACACACUAUCAUCCGAAAGCGGAGUAAGAGGCUAUAAUUAUUAUUUUCUCUCAUCUUGAAUUAUUGUACCUCUCUGUUUUUGUUAUGUAAAAAAAGAAAAACCACUUUUUAUAAAAGGCACAUACAUUCAAUAUGUAUAUAAUAUAUAUAUAACCAUGUUCUUUUAUUAUUAUAUAUUGUAGUUUUCUCUGUAAUUUAGAUCUAAGAGUAUAUUUAUACAUAAUCCGCUCCAUGUUAAUUAUUAAAAAAGAAAGUUGAAAACUGCGAGUUGAUAAAAAAAUAUAUGCUCAGAAGAAAUUUCUCCUUUUAUGUCUGCAUAACGCGUACAAUGCCAUGACAUAUGCAUAGAUAUAUGUCGGGACUCUCCAGCAACUAUCUGUAUAUUGAUGGGCGGUCCAUAUCACGAAAAAAUCGCUCUAUUUACAAACAUUAUACUAUCGUUUAUGUAGUAAAACAGAAAGAGAGCACUGUAACGACUUGAGCUCAAUGACAGUAAGUGUGACUGUGCGUUUGUUAAAAGGGAACUGUUGUCAAGUACUUCAAUCAAUCUACUAAAGAAAUCAGUGUAUUUGUAUAGAAUUAUUGCAUCGGGCUUAAGAGUUUUAUUUACUACAUAAGUAUCAAUAUGUAUGUGUAUAUAUGUAUGUACAAAGUGUAGCAAAAAUUAGGUAUAAAAACGCUGCAACAGAAAAUUAGUGAAAAA